AUGACAGCGCGUCGAGGGCGGGGCUUAAGAAGGAGGAAGAGUCGGUGUCUCCGCUGUGGCCACGCUGCUGCUGCUGCUGCUAUGAACCCGGUGAUCCGUCUGGCUGCCACACCGCCUCUCCAUCACCUCUCCCCGGCCACAGGCAGCAGGAAACACGGCCUAGGGAAGCGACAAGACCCCGCUGCGGACCACCAGGCUUUACAUACGGGAAAAAUGGCGGAGGGAAGAUGGAGCAGCUUCCCCCCGCAACACACCGGCUUGUCGGCGACUGCUUUCACUGUGAUGGAUGAACUGCUGAUCUGA